CAGCCUGCAAAGACAGCGCGAGGGGGGCGGUGCUUGAGUGUGGACGUCAGAGCAGGCUGGACCACAAUGCCACAGACAAGCUGAGCACACAUUGAGCGGCGCCAUGCACCACUACCCUCGGACCGACAGCUAGCCCGGUUGAGAUGCCUCCUGAACACCUCGACCCAUCCCGAAAUGCUCAGUCCAGGGCGCAAGUUUUUGUAUUAUUCCGCUGAUACAAGAUGUGUAGAGGGAGUAAGUGUGAAAAAAUUGCGAGGUUUUGAGUCUUACUUUUCCGUCUCGCUCGGUGUAGCGUGGCAGAGGCAGUGGAUCGUUUCCAAAGUUGUCGGUUAGCAGGGCGCGUGUGAAGGAUCUGAAUUAAAGGCGCAGUGCCGCCGUUGUAGGCGCAAACAUGGAGAAGCUGCAGAGCGAUUUAGACCGAGACCGACAGUACUGUGAACUUUGUGGGAAAAUGGAGAAUCUCCUCAAGUGUGGUAGGUGCCGGAGCUCCUUCUACUGUAGCAAGAAGCACCAGAAACAGGACUGGAAGAAACACAAGCUAAUUUGUAAGGAUGUGGACCAGGCGCAGCUUUCCAAACAGAAGCCCGAGCAGCCUCCGCAGUCCGGUGACGACGAGGCACCGGAGAAAUGCCGGGAAAAGAUGAGCUCCGAACAGGCGGACGGUGCAUCUUUCCCACAAACCACAAACACAGAAGCACCUGGGGACGGUGAGGGACUGGGAGAGGAGGGGUCCAACAACACCGCCACACCUAACGGACAAACCAGCGCAUCCUCUCAGAAACUUGCCAUGGAGUACAUAGUCCCGUGUAUGAACAAGCACGGCAUCUGUGUGGUGGACAACUUUUUAGGAGUAGAGACUGGGCUAGGCAUUUUGGAUAAUGUUAAAGCCCUGCACAAAACGGGCAAGUUCACAGACGGACAGUUGGUCAGUCAAAAAAGCGACUCCACCAAAGACAUCCGAGGGGACAAAAUCACAUGGAUAGAGGGGACGGAGGCCGGCAGCGAGAAGAUCCGCUUUCUAAUGAGUCGUAUGGACGACCUGAUAAGACAUUGUAAUGGGAAACUGGGAAACUACACGAUAAAUGGAAGGACAAAAAAAUCAAGACUCAUCAGACCAGGCAACAUUUUUCCAGUCUUCAAUUGUCCAAUUUUGGCAAUGGUGGCGUGUUACCCUGGAAAGGGAACAGGAUACGUGCGCCAUGUGGAUAAUCCCAAUGGCGAUGGGCGCUGUGUCACAUGCAUAUAUUACCUUAAUAAAGAUUGGACUGCCAAGGAGCACGGUGGCCUUCUUCGUAUCUUCCCAGAAGGAAAGGCCCAGUUUGCCGACAUAGAGCCCAAAUUUGACCGUCUGCUCCUGUUCUGGUCUGACAGACGGAACCCUCACGAGGUUCAGCCCGCCUUUGCCACCAGGUAUGCCAUCACGGUGUGGUAUUUUGACGCAGAUGAGCGUGCCAGAGCUAAAGAAAAAUACUUAACGGGUGCAGGAGAAAAAGGAGUAAAGGUUGAACUUGGUAAACCAUCAGAUCCCAGCUAGGGGGGGCCCUGCAUUCCCUACAAACAGCCAUUAAGUGCUCUAUCUGUGAAGUGGCCUAUAGAGAGUGUGGGUGUGGGUGGGUGUGUGUGUGUGUGUGUGUGUUUUACAUGGCAAAACAGCAUUCUUAUGAAAACGGUGAUUUCUGUUUGUUUUCCACAAACCGGGGCAACCCAGAGGACCUUGAAUGUCAUGACAUUGUACUGAAAGGGAUUGUGUGUUUUUUGUCUAUUUCCCCUUUCACCUCUUUGAUGAAGAGCAUUUACAUCUUAUAUUUUCAGAAAAUCAACAGGAAUUAAGCUUCCAGAGAAUCUACAUCUUUUGCAUAUUGUUUUUGCAAUUAAUUUCUUAAAGGUACAGUGUUCUGCAUAUGCUUAAUGUGUUAUGCUUUUCACAUGGAAUUAGCUGUUAUAAGCUACUGUAUUGCAAAAUGUACUUGAGGUUGCAAUAAUAUGAGGACUGAUCUGAAUUAAAAAACAACCUUUUUUUUUUCUCACAGAAAUA